GUUCGGCUUCAAACUUUACACAAUUGAUCAACAAGCAUUUUCGUUUAAUUUUUUAAAAUCUCUGCUAAUUGCAAAAAGGAUUGAAAAAUGGACUUUCUAGAGUUCAAUUCUAUUUCUUCAGAGCAUCGCGGAUACUUGGCACCUGGAAAAAUUAAAUUGACCAAUGACUCUUUAAUUUGGAAAUCAGAAAAGACCGGAAAAGUGGAGCAAAUUACACCUGAUGAUAUUGAUUGCGUAAAUUUCCAGAAGUUUGUCGGCAGCUUUGGUCUUCGAAUCUUUUUGAAAAAUGGUUCACUUCAUCGUUUCAUUGGCUUCAAAGAUGACGAGAAAAAGAUUGCAGAUUUUUUUAAGAAAAACUAUGAGCUUGAUAUGCUUGAAAAGGAACUUUCCAUGCGAGGUUGGAAUUGGGGAACAGUCAACUUCAAAGGCGACGUCCUCAGCUUUAAUAUUGGCGAGAAAACUUCAUUUGAAAUUCCACUCUCGAAUGUAUCACAAUGUACAACUGGAAAAAAUGAAGUCACUUUAGAAUUUCACCAAAACGACGAUGCUCCUGUAAGUCUUAUGGAGAUGCGUUAUCACAUUCCUACAACCGAAUCCUCUGAGAAUGAUCCAGUCGACGCUUUCUAUCAAAAUGUUAUCAACAAAGCUUCUGUGUUGUCAUUGUCUGGUGAUGCUAUUGCAAUCUUUCGUGAAAUACAAUGUUUAACACCACGUGGUCGAUACGACAUCAAAGUUUUCCAAUCAUUCUUUCAACUUCACGGUAAAACUUUUGAUUACAAAAUUCCAUUGUCAACUGUCUUGCGUCUCUUUUUAUUACCACACAAAGACAAUCGUCAAAUGUUCUUUGUUGUAUCGUUGGAUCCACCGAUUAAACAAGGUCAAACGCGUUAUCAUUUCUUAGUUUUAUUGUUUGGAAUGGAGGAAGAAACAAGCAUCGAAUUGCCAUUUACAGAGAAAGAACUGAAAGAGAAGUAUGAUGAUAAACUUACGAAAGAAUUGUCCGGCCCAGUUUAUGAAGUUCUUGGUAAAAUAAUGAAAGUCAUAAUAAAUCGUAAGUUGACUGGUCCGGGAUCAUUCCUUGGACAUUCAGGAACUCCGGCAGUUGGUUGUUCAUUCAAAGCAGCUGCUGGUUAUUUAUAUCCAUUGGAACGUGGGUUCAUUUAUGUUCACAAACCUCCAAUGCAUAUUCGCUUUGAAGAAAUUGCAUGUGUAAACUUUGCUCGAGGCGGAGGAUCGACAAAAAGUUUUGAUUUUGAAAUUGAAUUGAAGUCAGGAACGCAACAUACAUUCAGCAGUAUUGAGAAAGAAGAAUACGCGAAACUUUAUGAUUUCAUUGUUUCCAAGAAGAUCACAAUUAAAAAUAGUGGAAAAAUGACAUCGAAUUAUGCUGAUGACUUUGGUGACUCAGAUAAAGAAGAACCAGACGCUUAUUUGGCUCGCGUCAAGGCAGAAGCUGAAGAGCGUGAUUCCGAUGAGUCGGGAAGUGAUGAAGAGUCGACUGAUGAAGAUUUUAAUCCAAAUGUUCAAGAAUCUGAUGUCGCUGAAGAAUUUGACAGCAAUGUGAGUUCGAGUGACUCUGAUGCUGGUGGAUCUGAUGACAGCAGCAAAGCAAAGAAGAAGAAGGAAAAGAAAGAGAAACAUCGAGAGAAGAAAUCAAGUUCAUCGCCGAAGAAGUCCAAGAAAUCAAAGAAAGAUCGUGAUGAGAAUGCACCAAAACGAGCCACAACUGCUUUCAUGGCUUGGCUGAAUGACAAUCGCGAGAAUAUUAAGAAGGACAAUCCCGGCAUUAAAAUAACAGAAAUUGCUAAGAAAGGAGGUGAAAUGUGGUCAGCAUUGAAGGAUAAAAGUAAAUGGGAAGAAAAAGCUUCCAAAGAUAAAGAGCGUUACGCAAAAGAAAUGGAAGAAUACAAAGCGUCUGGUGGCUCAACAACUGCUGGUGGUGGUGAGAAACGUAAGAAAGAAAAAGAAAUAAGUAAAGUUUCACCUACAAAAGUUGGAAGUGGGGCUGGCUUUAAGAGCAAGGAAUACAUUUCUGAGGAUGAAUCAAGCAGUGAUGGAGAAAAUAAAAAGAAAAAGAAGAAAACAAAGAAGGAAGAAAGUUCAGCAAGUGAAGUUGAUGACGAUUAAAUUUCACAAUUCAAUAUUUAAGUUUAUGUGUUGACAUGUUUCAUUUAAGUUUCUUUUUUGAAUAAAAUUUAACUUCAUCCUCUCAAUUGUAGUUUGAGUUUUUCAAUGAAUAUUAAAAAUUAAAAGUCAUAAAUUCUGAUGCUACAUUAAAA